AUGAGAAGUUCGUCGCUAGAGUUCCCGGUGGAUAUUGAGAGCGUGCCGAUAUACCCCCCGUCAGAGAACUGUGAUGAUGAAGAGAAAGAUGCCUUAAACCGCGAUAGUCUGGGAAGCCGCGAAGGUCGAUGCCCACCAGCGCAAAGUGCAAAAGGGUUCCAUCCAGUACGGUUUGACGGCAGCCUUGACGUUCAAAACAAAUACAAGGGAGCUCCAGACGAUAAGCUCGACAGCAACUGGAGACAGCUUUACGAUGUGGAUCCAUUUCUUGUGAGUAAGGAGGCAUUGAAAAAGAUCCAAAAGACGAGUGUCAAGGUCCCGUCACGACCGGGAUAUCACCUCGCAAAACUCGCUGUCUUCCAUCAGCUGCACUGCCUGGCAAGUAUCAUAAGCCCAAAGCAAGGAAAGAGAGGCGGGGUCUAA